AUGCACGAUGAGAUGGAGGCUGAACUUGAAGAAUUAGAAGGAGCUGAGCAGGAAGAACAGGUUCUACAGCCUACCAGCAUCGCACCUGCAGCUCCACUCCAUAACUACUUACCAUUGCUAGAAGAUUCCAUGUCCCCCUCCCUGAAAAUCCUCCAUGGUGGAAAGCUUUUGAUGCUGAUAAAUCAGGAAUCACAGAUGAUUGAUGAUGCUAAUAUAAACAAUGUGCCUGUGGUGUCGGUUUUGGUGUCUCCGGCACGUGUGAUUCCGGAGUUGAAGGGUGGAAUUGGAAAAGGGAGGGAUUCAAAAAGGGAAAGGAAAAGGGAUGAUAGAGAAAAAGUCAAAGAUAGGAGUCAUCGGUCAAAGGAUAGAGGAGGAAAGGAUUCAGGACAUGGUGAAAAACCAAAACAUCAUUCUUCACGAGAUCGGGACUACCAUGGCUUGACAUAUUCCUCAAGGGAGAAAGACCGACAUAGACAUCAUUCGUAUGAGUUCUACCACGAAAUUUAUUAUGCAGUAAUUGAUGAAAUUACCAGCCUUAACAAUAAGGAAGUUGUUGAAGGAAUUAUAAUUCCAGAGACAUGUUGA